AUAUAUGUAAAUGAUUCAGUUGUUAACAUGGUUAUGAAAACUUGUUAUGAUAAGAAUCAGAACAUGCUUGUAUUCUUCAGUUUGGAUGAUGAUAUGCAUGCAUGGGCACAUGUGCAAUGAGAAUUUAUAAAUAUGUGCAUGUUGAUACCUCACAAGGUUAAUAUAUUUUUCCAGCGCCGUAGCGACGGUGGAGAGAGGUGGAGAGACACUCUCCAGGCCGUACGGCCCAAGGGGCCGUACCGCCAAGGUCAGCAAUAGAAUGCACUAGAUAAGAUCAGGGAUUCAAUGGAAUACACUAGAUAAGAUCACUGCCAGUAGUAGAAUACACUAGAUAAAAUCAAAGUUAGCAACAAAAUACACUAGGUAAAAUCAGGGAUUCAAUAAUUUUUGGGGGCAUAGUGAGGCGUACCACGGCCAAACUCUCCAGGCCGGACAAAACGUCGCUACGGGCCUGUAUUUUUCAUCCAGUAAUUGGAUGAUAGGUCAGUGCCACAUGAAGCAAAUUUUAUGCUUGGCAAACGAUGGAAAGACACUACGGAAUACCUUCACCUUAAGAUUUUAAUAUGCAAAAUGUAAAUACUUUCGUCAACUUCAUGCGCAUCACCAAAAUUUGUACUUACAAGUAUAUAUGUAUGUAUAUGCACAUGUACGUACAUAUUUAUAUAUUUUUGCACACUUAGAAAUCUGGUAGAUCUUAAAUCAUUACUGUACGUAGGUAUGUACAUACACAUGUUUGUACAGGUUUGUGACAUAAUUUUAAUACCAAGCGGUAGCAACUUUAAUACUAAGAAAUCAAAACCUGCCUAACUACACCAGAUUUCUAACCGUGUAAAUGUGUACAUUUUUACGUGAUUCGACUAGAUUUCCAUCAGUACAUGACAAUCGAAAUUAUACUGAUCGGUAAAAAUUUGUCAUUGGUAUGGUAAAACUUUAAUACCGAGCUAUUACUUCCGGUAUUACAAAUCAAUACUUCUUUGGUAGAGUCAUAUAUGUAUGAAUACCGCUUGCUAUUAUUUUAAUACUGGAUUUCUAAGAGUGUAUGUUAAUUUCAUUUUUUAUGAUCUUAUCGCGGAGACAGUUGGGCAAUAAAUAAAGUCUAGAAAAGUAAAACAAUAUCAAGGCUAAUUACCCAAAAAAAAUAUUAAACAUCAAAUUCCCACAAAAAAUGCAACUUUUUGGACCAGAUCACUACAAUACAUAUGCAGGUACAAGAAUUUCCAGCUAAACUUGCUAGUCAGAAUUUCCAUAUUUUAUUUAAGCUGUGGAAAGGUCAUGGCAGUCUACAUAUUUGCUUGGUCUGGUUCCAGAAGGAUCGAAACAUGAAUUUACAUACGCAAUUAGUUUGUUAAGAUAUGAUGCAAUAUGCAUAAAUACAUAUUUAUUUUACUGCUGGAGUAGAGAAAGGAUUUCCGGUUGACUGCACAAUUCAGGUACGUUGUGUCUCGAAGGCUAAAAUUUUUAAACCUUGCUAAUUUACUUACAACAUAUUGAGAUCUACCCAAACUUGCAUUAUACAUUUUUACUAAUAUAUAAAUACAAAGGUACAUGUAUACAUACACACAACAAUAAACCCAUAAUUUAUAGAGAUGCCCCGAGUACCGGGUAGUUACUCGGUACUUAGUAAGCAAGGCCAUUUUUGGGGACACCCGGCCGGGUACGGGUAUUCUAAUUCAUAGCAUUCUAAAUAUCCUAAAGCGUCCAGAUUACCCGGCCGAUUAAUCUGCAAGUACAGUUUUUUUUACUUGAAAUUCAAAAUAUUACAAACUUUUACUGUCCCAUGGAUUUUAAUUUUGUACCUGGUAUAAAAGAAAAAUUUGGGAGAAUAUGGGCAUAUCUGAUCUUGCAAUUGUUUAUUAAAUUUUGAACUAAUAGUAAGUCUCUAUACCUUGUAUAAUGUUUUUAUUUGUGAUUGCAAAAUUCCAUUCUGCAAGAUUUUUUAAACUCUUCAGAAAAGCGGACUACCUCGCCUUCUUAUUAAUACAUUAAUACUGGCCUACCAUGCCGGUUGCCAACAUUUCAUGUCGAGUACCGAGUACCGAAUACUACCCCUACCCGGGGCAUCCCUAAUGAUGAAUACUUAGCAUUUAUUCAUGUCUCCUGGAUGGGAUUAUAUGCUUGCACGUACCAUAUAUUUAUGACACUUAGAUACAUAUAUAUUUCAAGGCACUCAUUUUUGGAUUUUCAGACAUUUUAAAAUCAAAAAUCUGCAUUUAAAAAUGAAAUCGAAUUUUUUAAAAAGCAAUUAAAAUUUGGAAACAUUGGCACUUGCAAACAAUUUUAAUUGCAUCUUAGAUUACUGGAUGAAAUUAUUGCAGCAAUGAAUCGGGUGGGGUUUUGACGAAGGUCGUCUUGUGUCUGUGUUUUCCAGAUCAGUGAUCCGGAAACCAUGCUGUGAGUUCAUCAUGGAUGGGUUGGGCUAGGUUAUGAAGUUGCAUGUCUUAUCAGAUUCUUGUCGUUUUUAUAUAUUCAAUGCAUACAUACUUCGGAUUACUAUGUAUCCUAAUCUACCUUUCAUACAUAGUUUACCUUGAGUAAUUAUAGAAAUAGGUGGUUCAAUAUCCGGUCGGCCUCCAGAAAAAUUUUAUUUAAAGGCGUCUCAAAGUAAAAUUAUGGUUCAUUUGAUACAAGUUGUUUAAGUAAAGUAGUGAAAACCUGACAAUUUUUGUCUCAUUUUCCCCAUUUUGCGAAAAUGAAGGAAGCAUACAUUACGUUUGCCAGGAAUCUGAGGGAGGCCGACGACGCUUUGUUUAUCUUGAAAUCCAUUAGAGAUACGAAGACUUCCAGGCAAUGUCUGAUCCUUCUAGAUUCUGAAAAUUGUGAAGACGAAUCUUGGGAUGAAUUGGCUAUCUCAUUUGACGGAGUUAUUAAUUUGAAAAGUAAUGGUUUCUAUGACUCGAGAUGUCACGCAUUUCUGCACUGUAUGACUCUUGUGCACUUUGACCGUAUCUGUUUAGUCGACCCUUCUGCUGUGGUUUUUCGAAACAUGGACGACAUUUUUGGUACAGAUGCCUCCAAAUUUGUUUUCGGGAAUGGCAUAACGAUGUUGACACCUAACAUAGGAACUCAUCAAAAUUUGUUGAACAAUCUUGACGGUUUGGAAAAGCAAAAAACAAUUGAUGAGUUAAAACGUGUAAUGGAGCAGGAUUUCCAAGUUUUGAAACUGGACAACAAAUUCCACCUUGAUUUUGACAAGGAAAAAUUAAUAUCAACCAAACUGGUGGACAAGGUGGAAAGACUGAGUACUAGUGGCAAGACAAAUGUGGACAGCGUCGCCAAUAAAAUAUCUAAUCUUACUUCAAGAAUUGAUGAUAAUGAAGAUUCUGGAAACAAGCAUAAUCUUGAUAAGAAUACCCUUGUUGUUGAAGACUCGAAGUUAUGGAAACACAUUCAACUGCAUCCAACAACAAAACCAUACGUACCCUUGGGUGAAAUUAAGACUAUUUUCUUAACGGGAGGGACUGGAUUUCUGGGACCUUACAUGAUUCAACAGUUGACAAAAAUGCCACAAAUUGAAAAAAUAUUUUGCCUAGUUCGGGCACUUCCGAAAAGCACAGAAUCCACCCUAGCCCGACUGCACUCCCGCUUGAAAUUUCUCGACCUAUUUGACAUAACGGAUCUAUCCAAGCUACACGUCGUCGAUGGAGACGUAUCACUUGAUAAUUUCGGUUUGGAAUUACCAAUGUACGAAUUCCUCUCUCGCGAAGUUGAUGCUAUCGUACAUUUCGCUGUUCGUUCCGAUCACGUCAGAUCAUAUAAGAAUUUGUCCAUGUUACAAAGUAUAAAUGUAACUGGAACUCAACGUGUUAUUCAAUUCGCGGCGGAACACAAAGUAAAAUGGAUCAACAACGCUUCCUCCAUGGUGUGCUUUCUCCAAAACAUGAGCAAAAUUAAACACCUUGAAUUAGAAAGUUGGCCAGAGCUGAGGGACUUUGAUCUUAAAAUAAGCUUUGGCUACGGCAUUUCCAAACUUAUUGGAGACAUACUUAUCAGACAAGCCGUUGAAAUUGGCAUUCCUUGCAAAUCGUUUAGAUUUCCGAUCGUUUCUGGGGCAACUGUGACAGGAAAGCAAGACCUGGAUGGUACAAGUAACCACCUGAUGAAAAGAGUAAUACACUUGGUGAGCACUGGAAUAGUGCCAGAUAAGACUAUUCCCUUAGUUCAAAUUCCAGUCGACGUUUGCGCGAAAAUUUGUAUUUCAAUAUUUUUUAACGAAGAUGCACCUCUAAGCAUGUAUAACCUUCUCAAUCCUCAUUUGCAACGGGAAAUUGCACUGUUAGAAUUAGUUCCAGAGCUAGGGAAACAGCUAGUAAUUAUUCAAUUAUACGGAUUUGCACUAAAAGAAGUUGCUCUUAAUGAAACAGAAAGGUUUGUGGCAUACUGGAUACAGCUUUGUAAAAACAAUGGUCUAGAUUUGCAACCCUUUAAAGAAAUUUUGCUCGAAUUUGUCACCGAUCCAGGGAAAAUAUUUGAGAAUGAAGGGAUUCUAGAAUAUUUGAAGAGUCAGAUAUUUCAUGGAGAUAUUGUACACUAUGGUAAGUUUGUGGAAUAUUUGAAGACCUGUGAAAUGUCGAUGCUCCAUCCGUACGCAGAGCUUUAUGACAGUGGUGGAUCAUAUUAUCACAUGACCCAGCGCAGCGAUGAACUUAUCGAAGAAUUUGUUGGUAAAGUUGUUAAGAGGGGGUAUGUCACAAAGUAUUUCCCAAAUUGGAAAGAAGUCACACCUACGGGACUUGAAUGUGUCAGAAAUGAUUUAAAUUACACUGUAAAAAAUGCUAAAGAUUUGUUUCAAACAGGAAGAUAGGUGAAAUUCUACAAUUGUUGAAUUAACGGACAAUUAGGCUAAUGUUCAGGUAAAAUUUGGUCGCACUAAAUAUGUGUAAACACGUGGAACAUAGCUUGAUAAAAUGUUUUAAAUAUGGAACAACUUUGAUAAUUUUCGUCAACAAUGUGAUCAAUACUAUCUUAAGAGUACCGGUUUAGAAUUUAUUUUCUAGUUUCCUACUGUCAUAUCUUCAAUCCAAUUGAGGAUUCGUUUUUCGAAAUACACCUUUAUUGUCGGCCUGACAGCUUAUGUUUUCUCUUUCCAAUAAUUCAUUUGUUAGCUAUAUGUACAUAUAAUAGUUUGAUAGCAAUUCUGUCUUCUUUCCAAUCUAAAUAAUAAGGUUAUCAAAUUGUGUGUCCAUGAUUUUCAAUUGCAUCGUAUGUAUUGCUUAUUUACAUACUUAAUAAAUAGUCCAAUAUUGUCAACAUCAAGACAAUGUCACCACGA